AUGACCGAGCAGAAGAAGGAGGAGAAGAAGGAGGUCGCCGUCGACCUCGAGUGCGACGACGAGUUCGAGGAGUUCGGCAACGAAGAGUGGGGAGCCGAGGAGGAGGACGCCGAGGAUGUGAACCAGUGGGAGGAGGACUGGGACGACAGCGAGAAGAGCGACGAUUUCACCCGCCAGCUCCGCGCCGAGCUCGAAAAGUUCGCGUAA